UGGUUCUACCAUGGCAGGGCUUCAUAUCCAGGGAAGUGAGCAACUUAUGUAACUCAAGAAGGAACGAGCUGACUCUUGGAGGGUUAGUGACAUUCUUUGGUGAGAAAAUUCCCAGUGGUCUCAAACUCGAGAAACAGAUCGCACUCGGAAAAUGAGUCGUCCUCGUGGGAAAUGUAGGCACCACACGGUCAGAAGAAGACUCAUCUUAUGAAGGAAACCUCGAGCUCAGGCUUAGGGAAGCUGAUUUCCCAAUAGGCCAAAACCAACCGCAUAUGGGAGUGUCUCUAAAAAAUUCGAAAGAUGAUUUAACAGUCACAGCCAAUCUACGACAUCAAGUCUCUGUGGGAAGACAGACAAAGGUAACAACUUUUGUAAGUCUUGACAGCAAGAGGACCGGGUGUUUCACUGUCCGAACAAACAGCUCAGAUCAGUUGCAGAUUGCUGUCAUGGCUCUGCUUCUCCUUGCCAUGUGAUGUCAACCUACAUGAAGAUUUUUCGAUCAGAGGAAAGAACUGAUAUUAAUCUUUAGGAUUAGGUUGUUUUAAUUACGUUCUUGCCAAAUUUGAUUUGAUUUUAUGGAAUUAAUUGUAAAAGACUUG